AUGCCUGUUCGAAAACAAGAUGCUUAUCGAGCAUUAGAAUUGCUUGAAGAAUAUUAUAAUCGUCUGGACGCACCCGAAGAUCAACCAUUAAAAAAUGCCAUUGACAGAGUUAUCAGAGUUUUUAAAAGUCGUCUUUUCCAAGCACUUAUGGAUAUUCAAGAAUUUUAUGAAUCUAUUUUACUUGAUGAACAAAGAGAUCGUACAGCUAAAAUAAAUGCAACACAUCAAUUUGCUGAAACAUGCGAAAAAUCAUCAUUACUUAGACAAGAUAUACGAAAUAUUCCAAUAAUAACAACAACAACAACAACUACUAAGGAACAACCACCAACACUAACACCAAUUAUAACCGAUAAUCCACUAAUACCAACAUCAAAUAUUAAAGAAGAUAUUAAACGACAACCAACACCAACACCAUUUUCUCAAAUAAAAAAUGCACCAGAUUCAACUAUUCGUCAAAAUACAACAGAUUUAAAUUUAUCUACUGAUGUACCCGAACUUAAUUAUAAUGAUCAUUGGACAAAUAUCAAAAUUGAUUUUCAACGAAUGCCUGGCAAAGGUCUAGGAUUUUCCAUAGCUGGUGGUAAAGAUACACCAUGUAUUAGUGAUUCUUGGGCAGUUGUUGUUACACGUAUUACUGAAGGUGGUCUUGCCGAUAGUGAUCAUCGAUUGAAACUUCAUGAUAUAAUUUUACGUGUUAAUAAUAUCGAUUUUACUAAUAUUGAACAUCAAGCAGCAGUUGAUACACUUAAAGCAGCUGAAAGUCCAGUUAUUUUAAUAAUUCGUCGUUUAGCACCACCAAUUAUGGAAGAAAUUGUAUUAGAAAAAUCACCAAAUGUUCAUUUAGGUUUUUCAAUUGCUGGUGGAAUUAGUCAUGAACAUGUUAAAGGUGAUUAUGGUAUAUUUAUAACAAAUAUAAUUCCAGGUGGUGUUGCCGAUAAAAAUGGAAAAUUAAAAGUUGGUGAUCGUUUAAUGAGUGUACUAUCAAUGAAAAAUACUUAUGAACUUGAAUUUGUUGAACAUAAACAUGCUGUUGAAUCUAUUCGACGUGCAUGUGAUGAUGGUCCGAAAAUAACUUUAAUAGUUGGUCAUCCAACUGUUUAUUCAUUAAAUACGCAACUUCAAUCAGCUAAUACUUCUAUUCAAAAUCAAUUAAUAUCAAGAAAUGAAACUAAUGGACCUCGAUUAACGACUAAUGAUGAACAAGAAGAAUUUUCUCUUGAACGUCAAGUGUUACUUCGACGUGGUCCAAAUGGUUUUGGCUUCAAUAUUAUUAGUUCUGAAGGUGGACAAGGUACAUUUAUAUCGUUUAUUCCAUCUGGCGGUGUAGCCGAUAAAUCAGGACAAUUACGUAAAGGUGAUCGAAUAUUAUCUGUCAACAAUAUUGAUUUACAAGCAGCAUCUCAUGAAGAGCUGGGAAGAGUACUUAACAACUGUGGUGAUACAGCGAAUUUACAUGUUAUUCAUAGAUAUAAUGAUUUUCUUCAAUGUCAAGCUCGUAAUGACGAACGUCGUAAUAGACUAACAACUGAACCAUCUGGUAGUACAGUUAAUGUAAAGACUUCAACACGAAAACAAUUUUUUGUUCGAGCGGAGUUUGAUUAUGAUCCAACAAGAGAUCCAAGUUUACCAGGUAGUCCUGGUAUAGCAUUUCGUGCGGGUGAUAUUCUUCAUGUAAUAAAUGCUGCUGAUGAUUCUUGGUGGCAAGCAAAACGUGUUAUUGAUGGUAGAGAAGAAGAAACCGGAAUAAUUCCAUCAAAAUCAAGAGUAGAAAAAAAAGAACGAGCUAGACAAAAACGUGUAAAUUUCAAUCAGGAUAAUAAUCGAGGUAAUAUAUCGGAUCAUGAAAAAAAGAAAAAGAAAAAACUUGGCUUAUUUAAUAAGACUGCUGAUAAAAAGGAUGUACAAUCAGGUGACGAUACUGGUAAUGAAUCAGAGAAUUUAGAACCUGUACCAUCAUAUCAAUUGGUUGUUCAACAUAAAAUUGAUUACGCACGACCUAUUAUAAUAUUUGGAUCAUUUAAAGAAAUUCUUAAUGAUCAACUAUUAAGUGAUCAACCAGAUAAAUUUGUUAGUUGUAUACCUCAUACAACACGAACAAAACGUGACAAAGAAGUUGAUGGUCGAGAAUAUCAUUUUGUUUCAAAUCGUAAACAAAUGGAAGAUGAUAUUCAAAAUUAUUUAUUUAUUGAAGCAGGAGAAUAUGGAGGAAAUUUAUAUGGUACAAGCGUUAAUGCUGUUCGUGAAGUAGCUUAUGCUUCAAAACAUUGUGUUUUGGAUGUAAGUGGUCGUGCUAUUAAACGUCUAAUGAGAGCUGGUCUUUAUCCAAUUGCUAUAUAUGUUAAACCACGUGAUAUUAAAUGGAUAUUGGAUAAUAUGGGACAAGAAGUAAAUGAAAAUCAAGCUAAACUAAUCUAUGACAAAUCCAAUGAAAUUGAAGAACACUUUGGUGAUCUUUUUACAGUUACUAUCGAUGAAGAAAAUUUAAGUGAUGUUUAUGAUCGUAUACGUGAGAUUAUUGAUCAUGAAAAUAGAAUUAAAUAUGCUUGGAUGCCAUCAGAUGAAAAAAUUUAA